AUGAUCGAUAAUAGUAACACUGUAAAGACAUGUAACUUUUUGCUUCAAUCCAACAGAACUUAACUGUGGACUCUUAGUACUAAACCAAUAGACUCAAGUGUAAGUGGUUGUUUUCAUGUUUCCUACAAAUUAGGAGUCUUCAGAGAAGCUAGUCUAUACUUAUAAGGCUAAAACCUCUAUAAAUGCAGGAAUCAUGUAAUUAUAUAUAUGUAGACUAUAAUAGAAGUUGAAAGUUUGUGAUAUUGGAAAUUCUUAAUUAGAAGUAGUAAGACAUAAUGUAUUUGGAGAAGGGUGUAAAUUAGGAUUUGGAUAAAACUAUAUUGAAAUAUAUGGUAAGAUAGAAGAAUUGUUGGAAAAACUAAAAAAGUAGUGUAUUUAAUCAAAUUUCACUCAAAAAUAUUCCAUUCUCAAAUUAAUUGGAUAAGGUACUUAUGGAAAGGUAUUUAUUAAUUAUAGAAGUUAGGUUUAUAGAGUAAAGAAUAAGAGUAACUAAAAAGAGUUUGCUGUUAAGACUUUUGAAAAAUCUUUGCUUAUACUACCAAGUGAUAAAAUUGCUUUAGCCAAAGAACUAGAGAUAGCUCGUCUGUUUGAGCAUCCAAACUUAUUGUAAUUUUAUGAAACCUUUGAAUCUGAAUAAUUUAUAUUUGUAGUUUUUGAAUUGUUAUUGGGAGGCAAUCUGCGAUAAGAAAUAAAAAAAUCGAAAAUUAGUGAAAAAAGAGCUUUUAACAAUAUUCGAUAAUUACUUGUUGCUUUAGAUCAUAUGCAUAGUCUUGGUGUUAUACAUAGAGAUAUUAAACCAGAAAAUAUUAUGUUUAGAAAUUCAGAAGAACUGGUCUUAACUGAUUUUGGUUUGGCAGAUUAUUAUAGAAAAGAUGGUUAAUAUCUAUUUACUAAUUGUGGAACUCCUGGAUAUUGUGCUCCUGAGUUAUUAUAGAAUAAAUUAUAUGAUUUCAAAGUGGAUGUCUUUAGUGCAGGUAUUGUUCUCUUUUAAAUGUUGACUGGAGAAAACCCUUUUGAUUCAGAUGAUUACAAUAAAAGAGUCAAAUUAAAUAAAUAAGGAUUAAUUGAUUGGAGUAUAGUAAAUGUAAAUGGAGAUGCUUUGGAUUUCCUUUAAAGUUUACUUUCUAGAAAUCCAUUUCAUAGACUUACUGCAGCUUAAGCUAUUAAUCAUAAGAUUUUUAAUUAGGAUUAUGGUCGUUUUCAAAGAAGUGGAGUAAGCAAUACUUUAGUAAGUACUGGCUCACAACUCUCUUCUCCAAAUACAAAACAGUUAUAAAUUAUACCUAGUCCGUUAUAAAGUCCAAAAAUCAAUAGUUUACAUCAAUUCGAAUUUGAUGAACUGGAUAAUUUAAUUUUGGAGUAAAGUAAGAAAGAUAAGUCUAUUGUCAAUUAUCCCAUGUUAGAAAGAAAACAAAAUUAAUAGUUUUAGUUCAACUAUAAACUAUAACAUAGAACUACAAAGUCAGAGGUAUUGCUAUUUUUUUAAGAAUGA